AUGUUGGGACGAGAUCUCGAUGUCAUUCGCGAUACAGUGUUUUUUCCGAUCCAGUGUCCUGUUUCUGACCGACUGCAUGAACUGGAAUUCUUUGAGCGGGCCUCGCCGGAGGCUUCCUGGUCUCUUCCUCCGUUCGCCGUGUUUUACGUGGUGAAAUAUCAAUUAUCCAGCGGAAUUGGAACUUGCAACAUAUUCCAUUUCAUCGGUGUUAUGCGUACCAAACAUGUCGAGUUAUCCGGGAAAAAUCAUUUCAAUCGGAUCGAGUCUCUCGCCAAGGAUCGCGCGGAAAAUAGCAUGCCCAAUCACGCCCGGCGGAUCGUUUCAAACAUCGAGCCGAUUCUGAUCGGAAUCUCCGCCAAUUUAUCUGAUGGAACGUCCGAUCGGUCACUUCUCUCUGUUCUGGGCUGUAUGCUUCCCGCGCACCUACCACGUGAUCUAUUUUGGACUUAUGUUGGGACGGACGUACGGGGAUUAAGAGCACUCUGCUCGUAG